UUGACGGAUUGAACGGCCUGACCGUGUUGUCACGUGACAACGGUAUGGCGUUGAGCGCUGAAUCGGUCUUGAGUAUUACACAGUUUAAGCCCUGGCAUACACCUAGAGGAUAUUCAGGUGGCCCACACCGUCGUCAGGCUGGAAGAGACUGACUGGGACGCGGUAUGGCAAGGGAUCCAAAGCUCAGAUCAUAACGAUUGCUGGCUGUGAUCGUGUGCUGAAACAGGAAUGGGGUGAAACACUACAGUGAUAUAAUGUCGCAGAUAGGAACUAUUGCUCGGCAGGGCACAUUUGACACAGCACCGGCCGAUUCUAUCAAAGGGAACAGCAUUAAACGAGGUGAUAUAGAAAUACCUGUAGUAGAGCCUGAGUCGGCGGCCAAGAAAUCGAAGAGGGAAGCUAAAAAGACUGACAAAAAUGCUAACAGUGUAUCUGACAAAAGUUCAAAGGAUUCGAAACCUACCGGAGGGAAUAAUAUUAGCAAGUUUGCCAAUGUACCACCAGUCAGUACCUCUAAACCUGAGGUCUCAAACGAUUCACAGCAGCAGACUACUUCGUCGAAAGGAGCGCUGAGUUCACUCAACAGUAAAAUAUCCAAGGGUAAUUCUCCUGCUCCAGUUCCAAACCACCCCAAAACAGACGACAAACCAAGGCCUCCUCUCUCUGAUUCUCUGUCCAAGCGUCUGCGCGAAUCACCAAGACGGGACCCCAGUCCAUCGAAGCAGGUUGAAGGUGGGAAGAAGGCCAGAAAAGAUGACCGGAAACAUUCGGAUAGUUCGGCGAGUUCGAGUAACAGAGGUAAACAAAGCGAAACAUCUGCUCAAGCUUCUCCUUCCUCGAAUUCAAAGAAGGGGGAUAGGCAUGUUGAUAUGUCAAAAAGAAAACGAUCUGAGUCUGAUGUGUCUGUGAGCGAUAAUAGGCCAAGUAGGCCCCGGAACAGACCGGAUCGUGGUAUGACGAAUUCGAUGUCACAAGACAGAGCAAAAGAUGGUACUCGGUCUCGAAAACUUUCGCCCUCAAGGUACGAGGACGUUGAUGUGUCUACCCCUAGAGACAACACGUUUCGAUACGAGGAAAUGAAAGAUGAUCCAGUGCCUUUACACCCUCAAAAGGGGGUUUAUAAACCAACACGAAACUCUGACACACGGAUUAAUACGGGAAGGGACGAAAUGUCCCGAACAGUGCCAAAUGCCUAUGGGCAAACAAGAAACUCUGUUGAUUCAGAUAGGCGGGAAACUUAUGAACAAAUUCGGCUAGAAAGGGAUGGUUUGAUUCGAGCCGAAGCCGCAUAUAAAAAAAGGAUAAAGCAGCUGGAGGAUGAAGCGAAACUGUUUGUAAGCGAUGUUGACAAUUUGUCAGAAGAAAAUAAAACCUUACGUGCCAGAAUGGAGAGUUUGGAGACUAACAAGACCUCCCAUGUGGAGGACGUAAGAAAAGAAAAUCAACACCUACUGCAGAGGUCGGAGAAGCUAGAUAGAGAGAACCAAGAGUUGUGGAUGGAUAACCAAAAACUCAAGACUGAGAAGUCCGAUCUGGGCAACAAAGUUCAUAGACUCACGUCUGAUAUAGAAGCAUUGCAAAAGGCCCUCAAUUCCACCGAAUCUAAGAAGAAUGAGGAAAUUCGGGAUCUUCAAAGCCAAAACAAGAAGAUUGAAUCUGACUAUGAUAAUCUGAAAACUUCAGUUUCCGAUCUUGAAAUGAAAAUUGUUGAUCUGCAAUCUGAGAAUAAAGCAUUAACUGAGAGUUUAAGUGAGAAAAGACGAGAACUUGAAGAACUAGGGAAAGCUCUCCAAAGUGAUAAGGAAAUUCAAAAAGACCUCAAACAGAGCCAAACAGAGUUAGAACAUGUGCGCAAAAAUUUGAAUAACAUCACGCGAGAGUUGGAACAAUUCCAGCAAAAAUUCAAAGACCUUGUGGCAGAGAAAGGUAAGGUUGACGAAACAGUAAAAGAAAAAGAUGUCGAAAUUUUCAGCAUGAAAGAUGCACUCAGGAAAAGAAAGUCAGCCAAUGCAGAUCUGCAAAAUCAGAUUGAAAGUUUGAAAAAAGAAAUCGAAAAAUUGAAAUCUGAAAAUGCAGAGCUGAGAUUACUGAAGAAAGAUAUAUCUGACAUGAAAGAAAAGGUGAAAACAUUGAAUGAUGAGCUUGGGAAGAAGGCUGAAGGAAACAAAAAACUUAAGCGUGAAAAGUCUGAUAACAAGAGUUAUAUAGAAGAAUUGAAACGAGGGCUUGCUAAUGCUGCGGCUUCAGCUGAAACUGAAGCUGAAACAUUCCGGGAAAAGUUGUCCACCGAGCAACAAAUGAUGAAAACGACGAAAGAAGAGAUGGAACGAAAAUCAAACUAUAUAUCUAAACUGGAAACUGAAACAUUUGAAAUGAAUAUGAAAUUUGAUUCCUUGAAUGAGAAAGUUCGAGAACUGGAACGGGAACAGAAGGAAUGGGAAAGCAAAAGAGAUCACGUAAGCGAGAUAGAAAGUAAUAACAAGAAACUGAUAGACGAAAAUAGACGCAUUCGGCAGAUGCUUGUUGAGAGAAACAUGGAGGUGACAAACCGGAAGACUGAGAAAACAGUGCUUACGUCGAGGCUUGAGAAAAUGGAGAAGAAGCAGGUGGACUCGGACAUCAAGGUGAAGCAGCUGCAGGGAUGGGUGGACGAUAUAUACAAGGAAAACGACCCCAUCGUCGUUGUGACAACUACACCUCUGCAGGAGCCUGUUCGUGCCAGAGCCAACAGGCCAAAGGCAAAAAAGCCAGCUUCCAAAAGUUUGGAACCAAUUUCUAAAGGAUCCAGUAUCAGUUUAGAGGACCUUCGGCAAAGUGAACAUCGAAUCCCCAGCCCUCUCACACCACCAAGUCUGCCUGCCAUUGACUUUAAGGUCCAGAACUUUGGCUAUUAUGAUAUCUAUAAACAGAAGCUAAAGCUGAUGAGAGGGAGGCGGUUUUAGAUGUUGUGAGCAAUGGGUGGCGUUGAACGGAUUAUGUGAGGGAAGAAGAAUGUGUUCCUGAGUGCCUUUGGGUUUCCUACCAAACAGAUGCAAAUAUGUUGUGCAUGUGAGUGGAUUAUCACUUUAUUAUUCGAGAUACAGACAGUCCUCCCAAGAGAGUUCUUUUGUAAAUGUGCGGGGAUGCAUUUUGUUCCAAAUCGGGAGGCCAACAUGUAUAAAUGACCCCCUACUAAACAAAUACUAACAUUUUUUCAAUUCACCAAUGGAUUUAUUUGGCCAGGAUGCUCGAAAAUACCGAUCUAAGUAUCAUAAUACAUAGAUUAUAGUGAUGGUCAUGUGUUUCCGUAAUCGGCAUGAACGGAACAGUACUGUUUUGACAGCAUUCGACAAACACACUGUUAAUUUACUAUUGUGCAUAUUUUCAUUGUGGACGAACACGAGUGGAAGGUCAUCCAGGUAACUAGCAAGUGCUAACCGAAAUAGUUGGAUCCUAUUGGGACAAAGCUGGCUCAAGUAGGAUUGAUUUACAAAGAGGAUUGCCUGUACAUGGAUUCCCGGGGGUCGUGGAGGAUUUACCAAAUGGCACAUUGCAACAAGUGACAAGUCCUGUUAAACCACAAAACGUUGAACACGUAUUACCUUGAAAUACUAUUUUAAUCUGUUUGACACUUGUGUGAACAAAACCCAUCAACCAUCAUUAUAUUUAUUAAGUUUCGUUUGACAUGUUUUGGGAAACUUUCAGAUGAAUUUUAAUUAGUUUUUUCUCCUUGAAUAUUAAGUCUGCAUUUAUUAUUUAUGAAAUCUUAUAUACGAUUUUAUGCAUUGUGAAUUUAUUCUUGGAACAUAACAGUAUCGUCCAAAUGGUUAUAUAUUCAUACCUAUAUACUAAAAAUCCAAAUUUCUUACAGCAGAAUACAUUACUUUUCAGUUUGAUUUAGCUCAGUACGAACAGUGAACACACAAUCAUGUCAAGGACCAAAAACAUUGUCUGAGACUGGUGUGAAACAAGGUCUCUUAUCUUAAUGCCACUAUUACCUACACUGCGGGAAGGACGUCUGUGAGAAAGCUUCAACUCAACCUGCACUCGAGGCUGGGUUAAAUAGAAGCACCCGUGUCGUCACUUGGAAGUAGCUGCGUGUAGGACUUUCAUGCAGGAACAUAGGAACGCUCAACAGUCUGUGAUACUUAUCUGUGAUACAUCGCAUAGCGUGAUAGGUCCAUUAACAAUCACAUGGAAACCUUUUACCUUCAGUAUUCGUGGAGUCAUUACUUGAUAUUAUGUUAUCUGAUUCUUCUUGUGGUCACACAAUGCAGCAGAUAGCCUAUAGACACGGUGCCUAAUGGUGGCUCUGAGGAACAUGUGUUCACAGUCAGUUUUACGUUAGAGUCACACAAUAUUAACCACGUGGUUGGGAAACUCUUAAAUUAAUGUUACACAGUACUUCUCUUCAUGGAUCAAAGUGGGUAUGUGUGUAGCAGUGUUCUUGGGCGUCGUUUUCCUAAGUGCCAAUUAGUUUGCUAGGAUCCGCUGGUUGUAGGUUCGAAUCCCAGAUACGCCCAGAUUAUGAUCCUUGGUCUGUCAUCUAUACCUAUACCCGUGGUUUUAAUCAAGAUAGUAACGUCUACGAUCUACGUCACUUUGGUGUGUUUAUUCAAAGUUUAGUUGUUAGAUACACCGUGGUAAACCUCAAGUAUUGUUCAAAGAGGCGUUAAAUUUACACACUCUCUGCUUGGCACUCGUGGAAUGUUUUUGGUUAGUCCCGUUGGAAAAAUAGUCUUAUUUCUCAUGAUGUUAUCAAAACUGGUUUGAAAGGGAGCGCGCGUGCGUGCGUGUGUCGAUGAAAAUAUACUUGAUUCUAAUGUACCUUGUGGCCUCUUUAGGCUACGUCAGCUGCGGCUCAAAAUAGGCGGGUUGCUUAACUUGACCAUAAUGCGUGUUUUCUACAGCAUUCUUGCUGUUGGUUGCGAGCAUCAUGUGCGUAAAAUUUUAUUUGUAAUCUUUGUAUCGUCAAACGGUCAAUGAUGAUUAAUGUCAUUUUAAUAGAUGAUCUCAAAUGCCACCGUUGCUUAAAGAAAACCUCUUGAAUUAUCUUGAAUCUACGGACUCCAUAAAUAGAAGCGUAAGUGCAACCAAGGACAUGAUAAGGUACCACAGCCUACUCCCGUAUGGAUUUAUCCCAGACACUUGAGUACGCAGGCGUGGCUUCAUCAUCCCCAUCUCCUUCAGAUCAAUGAGGAUGAACAGUAAUAUUCCUGAUUCCCUGUCGGUUGUUCUAGCGACUUAGCUUCAUCGGGGUCCAGCCUUGCAUGUCUCUGGCUUAAUUGUUCCAUCCCCGGACAAUGACCAUCGACCAGCUUACAUUCCUGUUUUGGAAUUUAAAGUGCCUUUUAAGUCAUGUAAUUGUCUCUGUACUCCGAAGUAUGGCUUAUGUGAACGUGUGUAUACUUGGCAUUGUGCUGGAGUCACGGCUUGGCGGUGAUAAAUAUUUAUGGUUUCGAAACCCGAUCGUUAUGGAUUAUUUUCAUGGGUGUAUACACAGUGCAUAGAGCAUGUGGAAGGACGGUGUGCAGGUCUCACAUGCUCGCCGCGGGGUAGUAUAGCUGCAUAUGGGCUUACUCAUGGGAAUUAAGCAUUGCUGAUAAUGUAAUGCGAUUAUCCUUUUUCAGCUUAUACUUCUGUACGUGAUUGUUCUCAUUGCUUUCCUGUACAUUAGGAUAUUGUUAGGCAUAUAUUCAAUCGCGUUCAGUUCAAAGAUAAAGUAGAAUUUCAAUACUGUGAAAUGCCAUUAAUCCGAACAUCGUCUAAUGCGGACACCUGCCUUCCCGGGCAAUUAUUGUCGGAUCUUCAUUAUAUACUACUUAAAAGAACAAAAGGACACCCGAUUCUUUCAUAUUAUAAUAGUUAUUCUGUCAUGACAAUUACUUUUGAUAGUAUAUAAUUACUACAUUCUAAUAAUUCGUUCAUUCCGAAAUGUGUCAAUCCAGACGACGUACUAAUAACGGUACCGUUCGUAUUAACGGAGUUCACUCUACGUCAUGCUGGUUUAAACUGAAACUCUUUAUGUUAUAUAUGGCACAUUAUGCUCCAUGUUUUUAUGUUGUUAAAUUAUUGUCAAAAGUUGAAAAUGAAAAAGGAUGAAGCUGAUAAAUUGUCAUUGUUCACAAUCGGAAUGCUGCGAGCUGCAUGCAUCUUUUCGAAUGCUUUUUGUAUUGCCACGACUGUGAUCAUCACGUUGUAGAACCCCUGUUCAUAGAGAACAAUUGUUUGUUUGACACACUGUACAGAUCCUGUAUUUACUGUAUCUACGCACCAUUGUACAAAUUGUAUCAUACUUGUACAUAAGGAUCAGAUAAUUUAUUGAUGUGACAAAAAACUAUCAUGUCUGAAAAUAAAUCUUUCUUACAGAA